AUGGAAUCGUCACGUGGUUCAAGUAGUAAAGCACAAAGUCGCCAUCGUCGUAGUAUCCGUUUAGAAGAACAAAAUCAUGAUUAUCGACGUAAUUAUCUUCCAUUUACUAUUUCAUCAUCGUUUUACAAUAUUGUACAUGUCCAUCGAUUUACUACCAUUGAUACAAUCUCAACAUUAAUUAAGCAUUUCGAAUCAUGUUAUAGAUAUUCAAUUGAUAUUGAAUCAGAUCGAUUUACAUAUGAAUUAUCUCUUAUUCAAGUUCUUUCGAUUCCUCAACAUUUACCAUCAUUUAUUGUAUUAUUUGAAAUUAAUCAUCUACCUCCAUCAGAUUCAUUAUUAAUGGGCAAAAUUAAAUUAUUAUUUAGUCUUUUAUUUCGUUUAGGAAAUAUUAUCUUUUCUUGGGGACCGAUGUCCGAAGAACUAAAAUCUGCUGUUGAAAUGAAUUUAUUUACGUGGCCAGUACCUUGCAUUAUUAUUCGAUAUGCAAGAUGA